UCCUGACAACACCUGUAUGCACUAGCAUUCUCGGAAGCGUGAUUUUCUUAGUUAGACCUAACAAAAUGGACCUGCUCCAGACACUGGGACCACAGGCAUUUGAGGUGACUUUCUUCCUCUCCUUCCUGUUGCUGCUGUACUCAGCCCUAACCCUACAUAUGCUGAUGUCUCUGGUAUUCUUUUCCCUGGUCUACUACACGUAUCAGGUCAUCGGAAGGAGAACUGCCAAAUAUGCAGUGCCUACAGACAAAUAUGUUCUCAUCACCGGCUGUGACACAGGUAUUGGUCACAGCUUGGCUAUAACGUUAGAUGACAUCGGGUUCAGUGUGAUAGCCACAUGUCUGCGAGGAGAGGGAGAAGGUGCAAAGCAGCUGAGAAAGGCGGGGUCCAAACGAAUGCAUGUAUUGGAGGUGGACAUCUCAAGUGAUGAAAGUGUCGCAAACAGUCUGAAAUAUGUCGAGAACGAAUGCAAAAUGACAGGAUUGUGGGCUCUCGUCAACAACGCUGGAAUAAACUUUCUGGGCGAUGUAGAGCUUGCUACCAUGAAACAGUACAGCCACAUUAACAACGUCAAUAAUUUUGGUCCUCUAAGGAUGUCAAAAGCGUUCCUUCCUCUUAUACGAAAGGCAAGAGGUCGCAUAGUGAAUGUAACCAGCGUCAAGGGUAGGUUCGCCUUGCCUUCCAACGCUGCAUACAGUAUGACCAAAUGGGCAGGAGAAAAUUUGUCAGACACUCUUAGACUGGAGAUGAAGAGGUUCGGGGUCAAGGUCAUUAUCAUGGAACCAGGUCAUUUUGGUGGGGCCACAGGGUGUCUUAACAAAGAAGGGAUUGCCCGUAUCAGGAAGGACCUGGACGAGCAGUGGGAGGAGGCGUCUGAGGAUGUGAGACAAACCUACGGGAAGGACUACCUUGACGAGCAAUUCCAGGCCGCCAUUGCCUCUUCCUCAACCAGCUUCCCUACUCUUCAUCCCAUUAUGGUCGCUUUCAAGGAUGCACUGUUGAACGAGCAACCACAAAAAAGAUAUUUAACUGAUGGUAGCAAUGGCCUGUACGACCCAUAUUGUCUGUGUGCCCGCUUAUAUAGCGUUCUUCCCGAGACGUGGAUGGACAAAGUUGUAGACUAUUAUUUUGGAGGAGGACCCAUUGCUGAUGCCCUGAAAAAGGAAGCAUGAGGAGUAAAGCGCUGGUUAUCUAUCGUACAAAACAAUACUGCUGAUUACAGAGUUGUGUUGAUUUUUAGUACGUGUUGAUUCCGAAGUAGAAACAAAUGCAAAUAGUGAACCGGAAAUCAACCCGUAAAACAAUAAGUGUGAAAGCAACAAAGCAGCUUGAUGUAAUUUACAACUGUGUACUAAAAUUAACUAAGUAAACAAAUUCAUACUAAUUACUACAAAUUCAUUACCAGACAUACAGGUUUAUUCGGUAAUUUAGGCCCAAGGCCCAUAAUACAUACAUUUGGCAAAAGUAAAUACAUACUGAGUAAGGCUGAGUAUAGUUUAGUAUUGAUU